AUGACGGGUCUAAUAAUUAGAUCAAAAGGUUUCAAUAUGAUGGUGUUGAUGAUAAUGGCGACCAUGACGAUGAUACCAUCUACGGUUGUUAAAGCCUAUUAUACUCCGUCAACGUCUUAUACGCCACCGGCGACAACUUGGAAGCUUGCCCAUGCUACAUUUUAUGGGGAUGAAACUGCUUCGGAGACUAUGGGAGGGGCAUGUGGGUACGGGAACUUGCACGAGAGCGGGUACGGGUUAGCAACAGCAGCACUAAGCUCGGUGAUGUUCAACAAUGGAAAAGGUUGUGGGACUUGUUAUGAGCUCAAAUGCGUUAACUCAAAAUGGUGUCAAAGUAAUGCACCUUCCAUUAAGAUUACGGCCACCAAUCUGUGCCCACCGAACUGGUAUAAACCCACCGAUAAUGGCGGGUGGUGCAACCCGCCUCGCUCCCAUUUCGACUUGUCUAAGCCCAUGUUCAUGAAGAUUGCUCAAGUUAGAGGUGGCAUUGUUCCUGUCAACUAUAAAAGGAUAUCAUGUGUAAGGCAAGGAGGAAUCAGACUAAGAUUCCAAGGAAACCCAUACUGGUUAUUAGUAUAUGUUAUGAAUGUAGGAGGAGGUGGAGACAUAUCCCAAAUGUGGGUAAAAGGAUCCCAAACUGGAUGGGUUAGCAUGAGCCGUAAUUGGGGAGCUUCAUUCCAAGCAUUUGCCAAACUUGGUGGCCAACCUCUGACUUUCAAGUUCAUGAAUGGACGUGGGGAAGUUAUUGUGGCUUAUAAUAUUUGCCCUUCUUAUUGGUCUACUGGCAAGACUUACCAAGCCAACGUCAACUUCCGUUAG